AUGGAAGAACCUCCGAACCUCGACUGUGCCAAGGGCCUCCCCAUUCAAACAAAUCAGCCACUCUAUACGUUUGAAAAAGAUGGCUUCACGUUUCGAGAAAUCACUACACAGGAGGAACUCAAGGAGGCAUUCGCUCUGCGAUACCGUAUCAUAUGUGAAAGGUUGCACUGGGUCGAAGGUGAUGUGCUCAGGGGACUGGAAUACGAUGAAUUCGAUCCGUACAGUUACCAUUUUGGCUGUUAUUCAAACCAUUACCUCGUCGGUUAUUUGAGGUUUACGCGAGAAACAGCACCAUGUGGCAUAAUGACGAGAAAAUACUUUACAGAACUCAUACAACGGGAUCCAAAAUUCACUCCGGAAGAAGUGGUGGACCUGUCUCGAAUUUUAGUCGACAUGGAAGCAAUCAACCGCAAAAAACCACUGAUUCACAAAAUACUCGGAGGUCUCUUUCGACUGACUUUCUUACGCACUCGAAACCUACAUUCACCUGCACCUGUAUAUGGAUACCUAGUCACCAAUCCGCUGAUGCUGAAAGGGCUACGAUGGACUUUUGGAUGUAAGGUGCGAGAAAUGGGGCAUGCCAAGACGUCAGAUGGCAAAAUCACAUAUUCAGCAUACAUGUCGUUACCUGGAAGUUUAUUCUAUCGAGCCAAGAUGGCAUUGGCAAGCAGUAGAGAGAUUAAGAAGCAGUACUCCACGGAAUCCUUGUUUGAUGAUAAUUCUCGAUCCAAACUUGAGAGACAAAAGUCAACACCCGACAAGAUACUUACCAAGCAACACUCUAUACCUACGAAUAUUCUUGACACAAGGCCAUACAGUCCUGAUCCAACAACAGCAUCAUCGAGCCAGCCACCAUCGCCGUAUCCGUCGCCACUUAACAAGUACAAUUCCUUUGCUGGAUCCAGAGCGAACUCUGUACACUCGGUGGCCUCCUCGUUUGAUUCGUCGACGGAGAUGUCUUCAGAGUCGCCACCUACUGACAACAAUGCCUUUGGUUCUAUACAAAUGAUGCCAAAAGUUGAAGCCCCUGGUGAAUAUGCCAUUACCCUGUUCCUCGACCGCAGGAUAUCCUAUGAGUUCAAAUUUAUCGUCGACGGCAUCUGGAGGUGUUCUACAGAGUUUCCAACUGUCAGUGAUAAUCAAGGAAAUGUCAAUAAUGUCUUGGCUGAGAGCACAUCACCCACAUCUCCAAAUAAAAGAAGAACGAGUUCUGUGCCGCGUGAACUAGCUGCUCAAUGA